UCAAGUUUCCAUGCAAAUCCAAUGCCUCUGACAGGUGGACAAAUAAACCUGUCAGGACUGACUAUACCAACGAACUUCACCCUCAAAAUAGGAGUUACAGAUUUAGUCUCGAGGAACCAUGUCCUCUCACAUGCGAGCUGGAUGUAUUCUACCUAUACUCUGUGUAAUACCCCUCCUGGUGUGGGUACCUGGGUGCACAGCGCGCUAUGAAGCAGACUGGACCAGUCUGGAUGCCAGACCCCUGCCCCAGUGGUACGACGAGGCAAAGGUCGGGAUUUUUGUCCACUGGGGAGUCUUCUCGGUCCCUGGCUUCGGGCGGUACAGUGAGUGGUUUUGGUCCUGGUGGAAGACGGAUAAGGUCCCAGCUAAUGUACUAUUCAUGCAGAAAAACUACCCCCCUGGCUUUGAGUAUGCGGAUUUUGCGCCCGAGUUUCGUGCAGAAUUCUUUGAUCCGAAUGAGUGGGCGGAUAUAUUCAAAGCCUCUGGAGCAAGGUAUGUGGUAUUCACAUCCAAACACCAUGAAGGAUUCGCAAACUGGCCCUCAGCAACCUCCUUUAACUGGAACUCCAUGGAUGUAGGUCCUCAUCGGGACCUGGUGGGAGAACUGGCUGCAGCUGUCAGGAAGAAGUCAUUGCACUUUGGUCUGUACCACUCUCUAUUUGAAUGGUACAAUCCCCUUUACUUGGCAGACCGAGCCUCUGGAUUCAAGACUCAGGACUUUGUUGCCCAUAAGGCUAUUCCAGAGCUAGUGGACCUCGUGACCUCGUACAAACCUGAUCUGAUCUGGUCUGAUGGGGACUGGGAAGCCCCAGACACCUACUGGAACUCUACCCACUUCCUGGCCUGGCUCUACAAUGACAGCCCAAUCAAAGAUGUGGUGGUGACCAAUGACAGGUGGGGAAAGGGCUGCUACUGCAAACAUGGAGGCUACUACAACUGUGCUGACCGGUACACGCCUGGUAAACUUCCAGACCACAAAUGGGAGAAGUGCCAGUCCAUCGACACUCUUUCCUGGGGCUACCGAAGACACAUGAAGCUAAGCGAGCUCAUGGACCUGCCGUCCAUCAUAAAGGACAUGGUGUAUGUUGUGGCACUGGGUGGGAACUACCUGCUGAACAUUGGGCCCAUGUCAGAUGGCAUGAUUGCCCCAGUGUUUGAGGAGAGGCUGAGGGGACUUGGUGUCUGGUUGGGGAUCAAUGGGGAGGCAAUCUAUGCUUCCAAACCCUGGAGGGUCCAGACAGAGAACAGCACGGUCACUGUCUGGUACACUGCCAAAAACAAUACCGUUAAUGCCAUUAUCCUUGGCUGGCCGUCCAAACAACUCCUUCAGCUCGCAGCGCCAAGGGUGACUGGAGCCACAAAAGUUACACUUAUGGACUAUCCCGAUGUACCUCUGAAGUGGGCACCGCUGACACCAACAGCUGGACUGACGAUUCUUAUGCCUACUAUGCCAGCAUCUCCUGCAAAUGCCUGGUGCCUGAAACUGGAGGGAGUGGUCUAACAUCAGAGAGUUGUAAUUAAAUCACGAGCAAGUCUUUAGGUCAAGUGGCAUCUCUGUUA